GGACGCCGGGCAGAACCCCGGAGAAACAGGCCCACGGACAGAAAUGGCAUCCACCACUCAGAUCCAGGCCGUCUGCCUCUUCUUCCUCCUCCUCUCUAACAUGGUGUGUUCUUCCGUUCUCCCAAGGGAGACACAGGACCUCGUGCAGACCCCCCUCCAGGAGGCAGCUCCAGCUCACAAAGACUUGACGCAGCCCCUGCUUCAGAGGACAAAGAGAUUCAACAGCCACUUUCCCAUCUGCUCCUUCUGCUGUAAUUGCUGUCACAACGCGAAAUGUGGCUUUUGCUGCCGGGCGUGACCAGAGCCCAUCACCUCCUCUGGUGUCAUCUCCCUCUUCCCAAGUUCCCUUUCCCCCUUCAGUUCUUAAUUUAUUCCCUCCCCCACUGCCCCUUCCUGUUGUGACUGUCUCAAAAUAAAGUGGCGUGCUUCCCCACAACAAA